GUUUGAAAUCACAACAAACAAAACAAGAAACAUGACAAAUGUAAACAAUCGGUAGAGAGGCAUGUCCUGAGUAUAAACGAUCCCGGUCGGGAUAAAAAAAAAAAUCAAUAUUAAAGUCAUGUCACCAUUUCAAUUAACUCACCUGUGUGCUAUUUUUAGAACAGAGCAACCCACUAAUACGCUGGUAUAUCCCACAGCAUGACGUAUCAUACGGGAAGUACGAAGUCGGUAGUGAGGUGAAGACACAUCAUAAAAGAAAAACAGUCGUAAUAUACCUGCUGGUGCAGUUCAAAUUAUCAUGAAAAAGCGGGAUAUUAAUUUGAUAUUGUUGGGAUUGUAGACAACUGUAAUGUAAUAUAGACACAGAAAACCAACAGUAAUGGCUUUACUGGUGACGUCUUGUACCAUGGGUAAACACCCAAGACAAUUGCUGGAUAAAGGACCAGAAUACCUACGAACAAAAACUAACAGUAAACUGUUUGCACACCACAGAAGAAGUGCAGUUGAAUUGUUAGCAGCAAGUAAACCACAGUUUGUUAAAAGCACACUAACUUUAAACGAAGACUUUGAGAGAGACAAAAAAUUAAAUCCAAACCUGUCAAAGUCUCCAUUGAGAUGUAAAUCCGAAUAUGAUUUGACAAAAAUUAGAGAUAGUCAGUGGACACAAGAUAAUAUUGAUGAACUGGAUGGUGAAAAUGUCGGGUCAGAGAAAAAGUUAACUGUUAAGGCUGUACCUUAUAUCCACCGACCUGUGAGAAGAAAAAUCAAUAUGUCUAACCAGAAAAAUCUAACAGAGUCGGCUACCACAUCACACAACCUAGAGAAUUGUAGAAUAAGUGAACAGUCAGAUGAUCCAAAUACUGGACAAAUUCUACGUAAAUAUUCUUCUUCGUCACUGUCUUCAACGGUUAUAAUGUCUGAUGAAGAAAAAAUGGUAGUGGACAAUGUUAUGACAUUAAGUACUGAUAUGAGUUCGACCCAAGAUGUGGAUAUGGAUUAUAAAAGUAGUUUUGUACAACGUUCUCAUUCAGAUUUGAGCUGUCAACAUUCUCGGAAUAGUUCUAUUGUGUCUGAUCGUAGCAGUGCCAGAUAUUCACGUGCAAGUGCAGAUUUGGAAAAAUUCUUCAACGGAAUGGGUAUUGAGAGAAAUAUUCUCGACCCCAUGUUACGAAGACAGGAUACCACCUCACAAAGAGAUUUAGACAUAUUUGAAGGAGUCAGUUCAUUGGAUUCACCGGAUACUAGGAGUGUUUGUAGUGGAGUUUCAAAAUUAAGUGAAAAAACUUUUUCAAGUUCUGAUUGCUCGGAGAGAACUCUACAAUCUACAUCAGUUGUAGAAAGGAAUGCACGCAUCAUUAAAUGGUUAUGCAACAUUAAAAAAGCUAAACAACCCUUGACAAAUGACUGAUUUCUAUGGGUAUUUUUUUUUGUAAUUUUGUGUAUCACAAGUGCUUUCACGUUACUGUUUACUGUAAAAAAAAUCCUGCACCAAAUCAAAGAAUGACAGUGUGUUGUUUAUAGAGAUGAUUGUUUUAUUAGUUGUUAUGAUGUCAGCAUAUUGUUGAGAUUAUUAUUUUUUAUUGUUAUGGGCGUCUACAGUAAUUUUUGUACCAGGAUGUAUCAGGUGGCUUUUUCCCUGAAGGUAAAAAUGGACUGGCAAAUGUAGACAUAAGAAUAAACUAUGAGGAAAAUAAUACCAGACACUGGUUAUGUAGGCAAUUUAAUAUGUACACAAAUUUAUGUCCUAUCUUUUAUAUCCGUACAAAAAUGUAACCAAAACCCAUAAUUGUCUGGGUCCUGGGCCAUUAUAUUGAUUUUCCUAACUGAAGUUUUACUCAAAUUCAAUCAUUUAGAUUAUGCGAUUCAAAUUACUUUUUGUAUAUUAGUUUUGACACAUAAGUUUGACAAGUAAAUGUGUUCAAAAUUUUAUUUAUUUAGACUUUUAUAUUCUACGUAGAUAUUCUUCUUCGUCACUGUCUUCAACAUUUAUAAUGUCUGAUGAAGAAAAGAUGGUGGUGAACAAUGUUAUGACAUUAGCUUUUAAAACCCUGGGCUCUGAUCUGUUAGAUAUACAUUAUGGAAAUUGAUUUAUUUUUAAAUAUAUAAUUAGUACAAUUCAAGGUGGUAGCUAGUAUUACAGAUAUUUAUAAGUAGCCAAUUAUAUUUAAUGUAUUAUAUUUUGUUCAUAGUGAAUAAACUAAAUGUAUUUGUAUUUUUAUACCGUUUGCAUUUGUGAUGAAGGCUUCCAAUUUCCUAUCUCUCUAUUUUGUUGUUUCUGCUGGUUUUUGAAAUAUUAUUUUAAGCCAAAUCUGGAGGUAGAUAAUCUCUUGUUUCUAUCUUAUAACUAAAAUGAUGCAAAUUUGUUUUAUUUUUAUACUGAGGUAAUUUAAUUUAAAUGAAACUUUAGAUUAUGAAUUGUUUGCAGAGAAUAUAUAUGUCAAAAUUGACAGCAAUAUUUUAUAUACAUGUAUCUGUGAGAGUAUCCCCAGAGAAGUAUAAACAUGGAAUGCUAAUUAUAGAAAACAGUCUGAUAGUUUUUUUUAAUCCAAGAUAAUAUCUCUGUCUCAGACUCUCAGUGUUUUUGUUUACAAAAUGAAGCCACAUGAAUAAGUUACAUCUGGUGUAGUAUAAAUGAAAUUGCUGUAAAUUUUGAAUAAAAUGGCAUAACCUCUUCAUUUUAUUGUAAUUGCCAGGUUAAUUAAAUUUGAUGUUUUUGGUUUGAUUUGUGGAGUAAUAAUCUGUCUACGCUUAAUUUUAGAUCUACUGUACAGAUGGAUUCAGCAUUGAUAUUUCACUGUUUUUGUGUUCAGCUUUAGAUAUUCUAAGCAAAAAAAAACAAAACUAACAGUUAACAAAACCUCUUCCACAUAGACAUACAGGCUUGAUGACUGUUAGAUGAGUAGAAUCCGAAAUGCCCGAAAAAUUUCGGUUACAUACGGCGGUCUCGGUCUUCUGCGAGAGGCAGAGGAGACGAGCUUACCAUGUAGGGACCCCUGAAGAAAUUUUGGAAAAUUUGACGGUCACUAAUGCGUUUUCCUGCUGUUCCAGCCUGUGAAUAUAGCAACUUCAAAGUGGUCUAAUAUAGCCUAAUUUAGGUGGCUUACUCAAAUUCCAAUCAACCUAUCAACUUCAAUAUGGUCCAAUAUAGCCUACCUUAGGUGGCUGACCUGAAUCCCAAACAUCCAACCAAUCAUUGCAGGUUAUGGGGCCCGCGCCCUUCCAGAGAAAAUUUUGAAAAUUCAGACCCCGCAAAUCCGUUUUUAUGCUAUUCUAGCCCAUGAGCUAAGCAACUUCAAAGUUGUCCAAUUGUUUUGUAACUGAAAUCCGACACUAUGUCGACCUGAAUUCCAACCAUCCAAUUAGACUGUUGCAACUGCAUUCAAUAAUAAUAAUCGAUGCCCGAAAAAUGUUGCACAAAGUAGAGUGGAUCCAGACAAAGGGUUUUAAUCCAUAGUCAGUUCAGUACAAAUUUGUGAUAUUCGAUUAAAAGAAAAGUAAAAUUAGUGUUUUAUUAGAUCUUGGGCACUUUAUUUUGAAAACUAGCUGAAAUAAUAAUUUUUGUUUACAUUUUAUCCGUCUGCAAGAAAAGUCAGAUUGCCCAAAAGUUAGGGGGUCAGCUGCCCGCCUUCCCCCUAUGCACUUCUAUUAAAUAUGCUGACAUGAAAAUGUUGUUGAGUGCAGUUUACCUCAUCAAAUAAACAUGAAGAUUGAUCCAGUCACUCAUUUUAUUUCUGAUGUCUGUCUGUAUGCAUUUACCUGGUAUAUGUUAUUUUAAUAAAGAUCUUUUUUAAUUCAUAUUAUAUAAUUAUCCUUGGGAUAUUAAAAAUGUAUAUUAAUUGUAUUUUUGAUCUUGGCUGUAAUAUAUUCAAAAAUCAAUGCAGAAUUUCCACUAGUUUCAUCCAUCAAAUGGGCUGUACUUCUGUGAUUUUAAUAUAACUAAAGGUUGUGUGUUGUUUUGUUGUUUUCAAAUUAAACACUUCCAUGUCUUACAUGAAGGUUUGUAUAAGCUUACUAAAUACAUGCAAAAUAUAUAAAAGUUCUCAGUGAUAUGUUAAAAUGCAAGUUUAACUGUUUUUUAUUUAUUAUUUAUAGACCUGUAAUAGUAAACAGGCAUUAUGUAAGAGCUAAAUAUGCCUAUUGCAGGUCUUAAAUUUUGUUAUAUAAAUUAUUAACAUGACAAGAUCAUAAUCAACUCUUGGUGCCAUCGGAUGGCUCUGUUUUUAAAUAGAUUAGAAUAGUUCAGCCAUUUAAUGAUUUAAUUUAAAACUGGAGAAGCGAGGCUAAGACUCGAAUGACCAGUACUGAUCAAUGAUAUGUAUUCCAUGUAAUUACAUCUAAAUAACAAUAAUAUAUGAUGCCAUGAAAUGAAGACCAUAUCCAAAUAGAAUUGUGAUAAUGUAGUAAAAGUUGAAUAUGGAGAUUUUUUUUAUAUUGGUUUAUUAUAAUUGUUUUUUUAUUUAUAUAUAUCCAUUAAUAACCAAGUUACGUAAAACAAAAGCUGUUAUAAACAAGAGUAUGUCUUGAAGUUCUAUUGAAGUGGGUUUUGUAAAUUGUAUAUAUUAUAAGAAAUAAGAGAUUAAUUAAGAAAACACAGUGUUUAAGGUCAUGAGACAAAACAAUCUAUUGAUUUUCAAUAAUUUCCAGUAUAUACUGCCAGGGUUAUGGCCCUUGCUUACUUAAGAAAAAUUUUGGGGAUGUCUAGAGACCAGUGUUAUCAUCUGAUUGACAUUAUGUUUCUACACACUGUUUAAGGUAAUGAGACGUAGAUGCCUAAGAUUUUUAACUAUUUCUGAUAAUUAGGCUACUACCAGAGUUAUGGCCCUUAUUUGUUUGAUUGUCUUUAAUUGAGGUAAUAUUAAAGGAUUUUCUGUUUGGUAGAUGGUGUAGGUAUGAUGAGUUGUCUGGCAACAUAUGUUUAACACUCAAGUAAAUAUAUCAAAUUGUAUUCAAAUGUUUUAGGAAUAUUAUAAUAGCUUGGUAUUACAAUGGCUUGGAGAAUAUUUAAUCCCAAAGGAAGAAGAUGAUUAUUAUUAGAUUUAUAUUACUGUAUGAGUUAUAUUAGUAUAAUAAUUGAUUAAUUGCAAGACCAUUUGUGAAAUAAUGGCUUUAUAGUAAUAUUUUAUAGAUUUAUGGAUAAUUAUUUAAUAUGUAGAUUAUAACUAGGUCAUGUGCCUUGUAUAAUGUCAGAAAUACAGCUUUUUAAAUCUCAUUCAUUGCCAAGCAAUCAAUCUAUUACUGAAAUAAAGAGGAUACAUUUCA